CACUAUAAAUCAACCUGAAUAAAAAUUGGUGCGGCGCAAAGCAACUCCACUUUUUCCCGUUUUAUUAUUGGUGGUAAACUUUCUCUUUCUGCUUUUUCUUUUCAAUGACAUUCACUUUCAGGUCAAGCAAUGCAGCUAACCACCAUGGUGACACGGAAAUGACACAAGUAGUGGAUAUCGACGCAUACAUCGCUUCGCUUGAUAGUCGUAAUAGCGUGCAUACCAUCUCUUCAUCAGAAACUAGCGGCGACGAAAGCAGUAUAUCCGACGACAGCGUUGAUUACGCCCUUCAUUCACAACAACCACAACGUGUUUUAUUCGAUCGAGAUCACCAUAUGAACAACAUAGACGACGGGGUAUAUCGUGAAGGCAGCGAUGAUUAUGACAUGAUGCACAGUCAACCGUUUCAGGAAGAUGAAGCUCAUGAGCGUUUGGUAUCUGAUGUGGGUCAUAUGGAUUUUGAAGAGAAUUUAUCAAAGCCAGAACAAUCAUCGUCAAAACGAAAGUUUCUAUGUAUUGGUUUUUUCGCAUUGAUUUUGCUUUUAUGGUUCAUUUGGACUGUUAUCGCGAGUACUUUGAGUCCCGUAUCUGAAUCCUCGGAUGACAAUUUGCCAAAACACAUUGAUUUCCCUGAUUUAUACAAUGAUUCCUUCAUACCAAAACGGCCAUCCGUGGUUUGGGUUGAAAACGGUCCAAGGGACGGUAUGUUUACCUAUCGACAUACGGAGACGAAUGAUAUCAUGUUACAAUCUGUCGAUGACGGAAAGCCACAAGUCUAUGUACAAGCAAAGGACAUGCACGUUGGAAAUGGUUUGCUCGAGUUUGAUUCCUUCCAAAUUUCGUCAGAUGCCGGUUUUCUGAUGCUUUUUACCAAUCACACAAAUCAAUGGCGCUAUUCAUCCAAAACAAACGUUUAUAUCUAUAAUUUGAAAGACAAGACCAUCGUGCCUUUAGAUAAUAAUUCCACCAUCAACGGUAAUCCUCGGAUAUCCUAUGCCGCCUGGAGCCCAAAAGGUCAUCAAGUAGCGUAUGUAAUGGACAACGACUUGUAUGUCAGUGAUCUUAAGGAGCAACGACGUCUCACCUACGAUGGAUCAGCUACUGUUUUCAAUGGUGUCCCUGAUUGGGUAUACGAAGAGGAAGUAUUCGGUCAGCAUCCGACAUUGUGGUGGUCGCCCGAUGCAACUCACAUAGCCUAUCUGAAAUUCAAUGAAACCGAAGUGCCGGAAAUGCGACUGUCGUUCUACACACUCGAAAACAGUACUUAUCCCAGCGACAGUACUCUCAGAUAUCCCAAGGCUGGUGCGCCAAACCCUGUUGUAUCACUUCAUGUGCAUUCCCUAUUAAGCAAUGCAUCGGUCUCCCUAACAACAAAUAACACAGCCGCAAAGAAUGGGCUCUUUGAAGACAAGGAUCGAUUGAUUGCGGACGUGAUAUGGGCGACGGAAGACCAUUCCCAUCUGAUUUUCAAGCAAAUCAAUCGCGUCCAAGAUCAUCAGAUAACAAGCUUAGUAUCCAUUUCCACCAAACUGAAUGAGACAACAGUCAAAGUUAUUCGCGAUGAGAAACCGGCCGACGAAGGAUGGUUGGAUAUUGCUCAAACCAUGGUGUAUAUUCGUGGCAAUAAUGAAAAAGGCAACAACAUUAUUCAAUAUCUUGAUCUUAUGGACGAUCCAAAAGGGUAUACGCAUCUGGCGAUUAUUGACGUUGGUCGCGAUUCGAAGCCGACUUGGUUGACCAAUGGUGCCUGGGAAGUUAUUGCAGGCUCAGUAGUCGUUGACAAGCAAAGGCAGCUCGUCCAUUAUUUGUCGACGGAACGCUCUCCUUUGGAACGUCACUUAUACACCGUCUCAUUGAGAUCCGAUCAAGCCCCAAGCGACACAAAAGCAUGUAGAACAUGCCCAGACGAUCCAGAACAGCAUGCCUAUUAUGAUGUUUCAUUUUCGCCUUCUUCAGGGUACUUUGUGCUUCGAUACGAAGGUCCGGAAGUUCCCUUCACUGUUAUUCGAAAGGUGGACAACGCCACGUUCGAAAGCGUCCUAGAAGAUAAUGCUGAACUGAAGAAGUUGUUGAGUCACUACGAACUUCCGAAAAAGCGUUUCUCCACUGUCAAAAGUGGUGGGGUUGAAAUGACGGCGUGCGAGACAAUCCCUCCUUAUUUUGAUAUUACGCAGAAAUACCCUGUGUUAUUUUUUGUUUAUGGUGGCCCUGGAUCGCAAACAGCAACUUAUCAGUUCGACUUGAGUUGGCAUACUUUCCUUGCCAGCAAGCUACAAUAUAUUAUUGUCACUGUCGACGGUCGCGGCACAGGUUUUAGAGGUCGCGGGUAUCGUGUAGCAGUCCGAAAACGGUUAGGCGAAUUGGAAACCAUCGAUCAGAUCAACGCCGCCAGACAUUGGGCCAACCUGGAUUAUGUAGACCCGUCGCGCAUUGCCAUUUGGGGCUGGUCCUACGGUGGUUAUUUGACGAGUAAAGUGAUCGAAGCCAACUCGGGUGUAUUCGCUGCCGGAUUAGCGGUUGCACCGGUGACGGAUUGGCGACUGUAUGAUUCUGUGUAUACCGAACGUUAUAUGCUGACACCCGAACUCAACCCUCAAGGCUAUGAAAUGAGCGCCGUGAACAAUAUGACUGGCUUCCAAAACAGCCAUUAUCUGCUUGUGCACGGUACAGGCGACGAUAAUGUUCAUUUUCAACAUUCUAUCAUGCUUGUCGAUAAGUUGACCAUGGCCUCCGUAUACAACUAUCGAGUACAAUUUUACCCCGAUAACAAUCACGCUAUCAAAUACCACAACGCUAAUGCUAAUCUAUAUCAUCUAUUGACCGAGUAUCUCUGGGAAAGUUUCGGUGGAAAAGAGUAUAUGCACAUCCGUUUAGAAUCUCAUGGACGAUUUUCCGGUCCGAUCGCUGGUGAUGGUCAUCACUGAGAAACAUAUUGUCUUUCAAGGCUCCAGAAAUAAAGG